AUGUCUCAGCAAGUGACUCGUUCUGGGUCCAUCGAGGAACAGGAACGCGCAAGGGAGGAGGGCGACAAGAAGCCAAAGUCUCGCCGACCAGCCAAUACUGCUUUCCGCCAGCAAAGAUUGAAAGCGUGGCAGCCAAUCUUAACCCCUAAAAGCGUUCUACCUCUGUUUUUCAUCGUUGGCAUUAUCUUUGCCCCGAUUGGCGGUGUUCUUCUCUGGGCAAGCUCUCUAGUCCAAGAAAUUUCCAUCGAUUACUCCGAGUGCUCCAGCAAAGCACCGACCGACAGCUAUGCCUCCGUUCCUCAUUAUUCCGCGACCUUCAAAUCUUCUACAGCAAUAUCGGCACCCACCUGGCGAAAGUCCAUCAAUGAGUCUUCGGGCACCGUUACUUGCACUCUUCUUUUUGAGAUCCCGAACGAGCUUCCAGCACCAGUUUUCAUGUAUUACCGCCUCACUAACUUCUAUCAAAACCACCGCCGAUAUGUUCAGUCGCUCGAUUUGAAUCAGCUUAUCGGAGAUGCUGUCUCCUACAAUACGGUCAAGGGUGGCGUAUGUGACCCAUUAGCGGUCAACACCACGGCUCAGAAGGUAUACUAUCCAUGUGGACUGAUUGCGAACUCAUUCUUCAACGACACUAUUGGGAAGCCCCAAAUCCUAAACCCGAAUGCACCUGAGAAUGAUAAACAAUUCUAUGAAAUGACCACUAAGGGCAUUGCGUGGGCGAGUGAUAAGGAACUCAUCAAACCGACAAAGUACAGUAUGGAUGAUGUACUGCCACCACCAAAUUGGCUUUGGGCCAGCGAGAACGGUGUCUAUAAAGAGGAUCCCAACUUACAUGAAAAUGAAGCUUUCAUGGUUUGGAUGAGGACCGCUGGCUUGCCAUCGUUCAGCAAGCUUUCCCGCCGUAACGAUACCCAUGGCAUGCCUGCUGCAAGAUAUUCCAUUGACAUUGUUGAUCGUUUCAAUGUCACCGAAUACGAUGGAACCAAGUCGAUCUUGAUCUCCACUCGAACAGUGCUUGGGGGCAAGAACCCCUUCAUGGGAAUCGCCUAUGUGGUUGUUGGUGGAAUCUGCGUUGUUCUCGGGGCUUUGUUUACUCUCGCACAUUUGGUGCGUCCGAGAAAACUUGGCGACCACACCUAUCUUACUUGGGACUCAAAUCAGCCGAGCACUGCUAUCGCCACGGGACGGGAUAAUGCCCCUUGA